AUGACAGGUAAUCACGAUCCACGGAGAGAACAGCUUCGGGUUUUUACAUUGGGAGAUCAAGAGUCAUGGAGAGUAACCGAAUUUCUCCCUCCUCCACUGCGUUAUAGGGACAGCGAAGAACGUAUCAUCGGGGGGAUAUGUCUCAACGGCAUUCUCUAUUAUUACAUUAAGGGUUACAUUGGUACUUUGGAGAGUUUCGAUGUGAGGUCUGAAAAAUUCAAAAAAAUACAGAUGCCAAAGGGUGUGUUUGGUCAAGUAGAAUAUCGUUGGGGGCCUGUUCUAACAAGCUACGAGGGAAGAUUAGCCUGGCUAUGUUCUAAUGGCAGACGUUGGGUCCUCACAGAUGCCGAGAAACAGGAAUGGUCCGAAGGCCGCUAUUCAUUUUCACAUCUUUCUGAACUUCCUCGGAUGGAUGGUCCAUAUGACAACAGUUUUCUACGACAUGGCGGUGUGACUGACAAUGAGGAGGUUGUUUAUAUGGAACAACCAAGGAGACGACCAUUUUAUGCUUUCUAUCGUGACAUGAAGAAGAACACUACAAGAUGGGUCGCUUACGAAGAAUUGACUGACUGUGCGUCUAAUUGUGACUGUUUUCCCAAUCACAUCGAUAACCUCAUGACUUUGGCGGAUCUUUCUUUUCUGUAG